ACAAUCUUCGUGAACGACCAUUCCAACAACCAGGCAACACAUAUGCUCCCCACGAGAUGCUGAACUUGAUCGCGGCGGCAAAUUCAGCAACUGAACCACAUCUGUUCGCGGCAGCAGACUAUGUCACCACGAUGCUGGUAGAUAAUCAAGUCUUUUAUGCUGUCAUGGGGGGAUUUUCUCUCCGUCUGCGCGGGAGCACACGGACUACACAGGACGUCGAUAUCGCUGUUGGAUGUGAUAUGCAGAGACUUCUUGAAGUCAUUCGUCCAGGAAAGGUUUGAUAGUUGGAUUCUGUCCGGAGAAUAUUGCUUUGAAUUGAUUUCUAGGAUUCGUUGUCCCGCCGGCCCCGUAGCUGGCGUAAUGAGGGUGUUCGUUACUGUGGGUGGUGGCAACGAAAGCCCCCCGCAGCAUAUUGUGGCAGUUGAUCUUAUUCUUCAAGGUUCUCUUGGAGCGCCUGAGGAUAUUUCAACUGCAUCAGAGCCUAUCACUGCCAGAUCCUCGUCUGGCCAGCGAGAAUUUAUGGUCCUGAAUAUUAAGGGCAUCCUGAUAGCCAAGCUGGGUGCAUUCUUUGCCCGGACCGCCGACAGUGACUUCGUGGAUCUAGAGUUCCUUGGUAGAAACAUGGCCACUCAGGUUCAUGCUGUCAGGCAACAGUUGAACGCGGAGCACCGGCAGGCGUUUAUCAACGCAUAUAGUCGGCGUAACCAGUCGGAUGCAAAUCGUGUUCGGCGCAUGAAGCAUGCCUUCGGAGUUGCGUGAAAGCCCCCACGAAGGUCAAUGUACAAGCCUAUUAAACUUGCGGAGGUCGCAUUAGGCAUAUAGACCUGUUUCAACGAAAGCAGGGCUUGAGCACGUAUUGGCCACUAGACGUGUGGCCUAGUCGUAUCUAACCGAGGAUCCCCUUGACCGUAGGCAAAGAAUCUCGUUGCAAAAUACUCAACCGGAAGUUCCAGCGAAAUCCGCUUUUGCUUCCCCCUGUCAAUCUCUUGCCAUAUUUCUCGCAGCGGUCUUGCGUGAGCCGGGACUCCUGGAUAAUCAAAC